GUGUGAGUGUGUUUUCUGUGUGUGUGUGUGAGGGGCAUGUGUGAGUGUGUGUGUGACUGCGUGCUCACCUUAACUUCAAGUGUCUUCGGAAAACGAAAUUAAAGGAUUUUGUUCCGAUAAAAGCGUCGGAGGAGUCGCGUUUGAACAACAGAACACCUGAGAGCUGAUGCUUCCUGCCAUCACCAUGGAAACAGAGGCCAGUCACAUGCUGGAGGCGGCGCUGGAGCAGAUGGAUGACAUCAUCGCAGGUUCGAAAGCAGCCGCGGUGGAGUUUUCUAACAGCAUGUAUGACCUGGGUUCUCCCGUCAGCGCCGGUCCUCUGCAGGUGGUUCAGUUAGCCGAGGACCUCAAACUCGCUUUGGAGCUCCAACCAAACCAGGAGGAGAGAGACAGCCUGAGAGCACAGUUACCUCCGGAGACAGCACAGAUCCUCACAGACUGGCUACAGAGCGGAGCUCCUGUAGACUUUGUCAGUCAGCGGAGUCAGACGGGGUCAGCUGACGGGUCGGAGGCAGAGGAGAGGAAUUUAGCUGCUGAGCUACAGAACAGCUAUUCUCUGCUGCCGGAGGUUGGCAUGUCCCUGUGA